AUGGAACAUCCUGAUGAAAUCGAUAUGGAAACUUUUAACAAAGUAUUAAUAGAAAAUAGUCAACAAAUACUUGGCCCAAAGAGAAAGAAAAAAGAAGAAUGGAUUUCAGAUAAAACAUGGAAAAUAGUAGAAGAACGAAAAGAGAAGAAAAGUAAAAUCUUAUCCACAAAAUCCAAGAGGCAAAAGGACCAACUCCAGGCAGAAUAUCGGGCUAUUGACAGGGAAGUAAAGAGGAGUGCAAGAGCUGACAGAAAGGCAUACACUGAAAAGCUAGCUUAUGAGGCAGAACAAGCAGCUUCUAAACAAGUCAUGCAUACCCUCUAUCGAAUUACAAAAACAUUAGCAGGCAAAUUUCAGUCAUCAGAGCUACCAAUUAAAGACAAACAGGGAAAUGUACUAUCAAAAGAAGAAGACAUACUGAAACGCUGGAAGGAACAUUUUGAAGAAGUAUUUAAUAUGAAAGACCCAAAGAACGAGGCAAUAAUAUUACCAGCCACGGACACAUUAGAUAUUGAUACUGAUCCACCAAGUAUAGAAGAGGUAAAAAAGGCAAUCACCAAACUUAAAAAUGGAAAAGCUGCAGGCAUUGAUCAGAUACAUGCAGAGCUCUUCAAGGCCGAAGAAUACUGGACACCUACACUUUUGACAAAUAUCCUACAGAAGAUCUGGGAAUCAGAAAAAACACCAUCCUUCUGGAAAACUGGCCUUAUAGUUAAAUUACCAAAGAAAGGAGACCUCUCAAAUUGUAACAACUAUAGAGGAAUAAUGUUGCUUUCCGUUACCAUGAAGGUUCUAAGCAGAGUGAUACUGGACAGAAUUGCAGAAGUAACAGAUCCCUUACUGCGUCAAGAACAAGCAGGCUUUAGGAAAGGGAAGUCGUGCGCUGACCAGCUAUUCGCUCUCAGACAAAUUCUAGAACAAAGCAAUGAAUGA